AUGAAGGUCGAGGAUUUGAUGGAUCAUGAGAUCGAGGAAAUAAAGAAGGGUUUCAAAUACUUCGACAAAUCAAACACUGGUAAAAUAAAGACCGAAGAGAUUGGCCUGUGUUUACGGUGGUUGAAACUAGUACCUACGCAGGCUCAAAUAGCGGCCUUCAUGGAACUGGGCGAUCCUGAAAAACGCGGUAGGAUUAAUUUUGAAACCUUUCUGUCCAUGGCUGCCCAACUCUGGUCUUCCGACGCUCAGAAAAGAGAAGGUGAAAUCUGGGGCGCAUUCCUCUGUUUCGACAAAGCGGACAAAGGGAAACUGCCUGCAGAAGAGGUGAAAAAGAUUCUUACAGAAUAUGGAGAAGAACCGAUUCCAGAGAAGGAAGCCAACGCCAUCAUAAAAUCCUUCGUGGACAAAAAGGACAAUAUGGUCGAGUACGGUUACAUAAUACGCGCCUGGCAAAAGUGA